AUGAAGUUCACAACGACAUGUGUGAUCCUUUGCCUGGUAAACUGCUGUUUAUUUUUAGUUCCUGGGAUCUCAGGACAUAAGAUUAUUUGCAACCAAUAUCCAAAAGAUAAAAAAGAACAGUAUGAUUGUCUUCCUAUCUAUGAUCCAGUGUGUGGAACAGAUGGCAAGACUUAUUCUAACAAAUGUGAAUUAUGUUCCAAAAUCUUAAGUUAACCCAAACUAGACAUGGCACAUGAAGGAGAAUGUGUUGACUGCAGUAAAUAUCCACAACCACAAAAGGGCACGGCUCCAGACUGCCCACGAGAUCAUGUGCCAGUAUGUGGCACUGAUGGGAAGACUUAUCCCCACCUGUGUGUCUUGUGUGCUAGAAUCUGGACAACUGGACAUAAAAUUGGCGUACGUCAUGAAGGAGCAUGCUCCAAAAAGGUAUAUCCAAUCUGUCAUAUUGCAUGA